CACAAGGGCAGAUAAUUUCUGAAAUUUACACAAUUUUGUUUUAUUUAAUUAAUUCAUUUUACUGUUGUGCUAGCAAUAAUAUGUUAAAGGUUUGCUUGAAGAUGAUGUAAAGAGUUGACAGAGUGGUCAAGAAGUGGAACUAAAAGGGAAAAUGUAGAGGUAGAUUCUCAGAUAAGUGCACACUUUAGACAGGGAUAUGUUGAGGCUACAGUGGAGACGAAUCAGAUCCAGGUAUCCAUGGCUACAGAUUGUACAGACUUGGAGGUUCUGGCUUCUGGUUGUAUUCACUGUCACUCUACUCACUUAUGCUAUAAUCUCCUUCAAGAGGAGGCCGUUCACUUACCUUCAACAAGAAAUCAAAGAAGCAUGGCUAGGUGAUAUUGAGUUCGACUUCCAGACAGGGCUGUAUUUCCACAAGCAGGGAAAAAAUGUUUAUUUGCGAGGUUCGAUGCCAGAUUCUCAAGAAUUAGGAGGCCACCCUAGUCACUGUGCUAUUUAUAAUUUAUCGAAAUACCUUUGUGCUUCCUGGUAUCCGAAAGUGAAAUUGGAAGUGGAAAAUAUUGUCGAGGAACAUGCUAAAUGUCAGGUCCUUACUUGGACGCCACUAUUUGAAAAUUAUAAACCACAUACCUGCUUCUCUCUGUCUGAUUUCACAUGGUAUGGCGGGUCAUUACUUCAUCAACAAAUAUGGCCGCUUAACAAAGCUGACAUUCCAUUACAGCUGUAUAGAACAUAUGAUUUGGAGAGUUAUAAAGGGGAGACAAACGUGUUUGGAAAUAUUCUGGACUGGUUCUGGAUUAGCUCAGCUGGAAUUGCUGUCAUUGUUGAUAAUUCACUCCCUGUUCAUGUGAGCAUAAACCAGUCUGGGGAUAAAUUAAUGUGUUUUCAUUCUAAGUCAGAGCAAAAGCCUGUUUUAAAGUACACAAUAUGUAAAGCAGCAAAUAUCCGCAAAAUUCAUCGUUAUGUGAUAAAGAAAUAUGUACAUUUACCGCUAAAACUUCCAAAACAUAACUAUUUCAUGUACCCUAUGUGGUCAACCAAUCCUUUGUUUAGAAAUUCCCUUAAUCAAGGAAAUUUAUUAAAGUAUGGACAAGAAAUAAAUAAUAAUGGUUUUGAAAGCUGCUUAAUUGAUAUAAAUGAUAAUAGUUUAGCAUUGUUUAAAUCUGACCCGUUUGAUAAAUCAAAAUUUCCGAACUCCCAGCAGUCGCUAAUGAUUUUAAGAGGAGACUAUAAGAUGGAAACAUUCUUACCAGUAUCGCCAUUUGUACCAGUGGUGGAAAAUACUGACAAAACCAGACUGGUACAGGAUUUGGUAGAUAAACCAGUUGUGAUACCUUUCGAAGGGCAAGAGGCGAAUAUUGUUAAUUUAUUAGAUGAUAAAGUUACUGACUGGUAUAUUGAUAAAUUACAGGAACUGAAAAAGGAAUUUGGCAUUAAUGGAUUUCAUUUGAUUGGUGGAGUUUCAGAUUAUUAUAAUUUUUCAAAUAAUGUUUUUAACUCUGUGGAUAUUGAGAAGUUUUCCAGACGUUUUGCUUCAAGUAUAAGCGAAAAGAUGGACUUGACAGUAUUUUCUACUUUUGCAUCAAAGAGUCAGAAAGGUGCUUUAUUCAUACAGUUACCUGGUCAACUAUCAUCCUGGGGAAACGCCGGUGGACUUAAAAGUCUCAUUCCAUCUGUACUGACCCUUGGUGUGCUUGGAUACCCAUUUGUGAUUCCAAACACUAUAGGAGGUAUGGGUACAUUGAAAGUGAUAAAUGAAUCUUACACAGAAAGGAUCAAGCCUGAUCGAGAGUUAUAUAUAAGAUGGAUGGGUAUAGCUGCCUAUAUGCCAUGUAUGAUGUUCUCAUACCCUCCAUGGUUGUAUGAUGCAGAAGUUGUAACCAUUGCAAAACAGUUUACAAAACAACAUAAAGAAAUCGUAGCUCCAUUGGUUAUCAAAGCAGCAAGAGAGUUUGAGCAUAUUGGUACCCCUGUCAUUCAGCCACUUUGGUGGACAGACCCACAAGACGCAACCUCAUUGACAGUAGAUGAUGAAUACCUUAUAGGGGAUACUUUGCUAGUCGCUCCUAUAGUAAGUGAAGGGAAGACGCAGAGAGAUAUUUACAUUCCACAGGGAAAAUGGAAAGACAUGAUGAAUGAUGUCGAGGUGGAAGCUGGGACUUGGAUUAGAGACUAUCAUAUUCCAUUAGAUAAAGUGGCAACUUUCAUGAAAGUGAAAUCAUAAACAUUCCUUUACAUUUCUGUGUCGGCAAGAAAGUAAUCGGCAACCUUGUAGAACAACGGAUCUGAUACAGACAGAUUGCUUUUUAGCUCACCUGAGCACGGAGUGCUCAUGGUGAGCUUUUAGGAUUGUUGGAUGUCAGUACUGUUGUCUGUCCGUCAUCCACAAUUUCUUUACAGAACAUCUCCUAAUAAACCACUAAGCCAGUUUCAACCAAACUUUACAAAAAUGUUCCUUUAGUGGGCCCGUUAACUUGAGAGCCACUUGACCCAGAAUGUUUAAACUUCAUAGGAUGAUUUGAUAUGCAGACUAGAUGACCCCUAUUGUUUUUGGGGUCACUCCAUCAAAGGUCAAGGUCACAGGGGCCUGAACAUAUAGAACCAUUUCCAAUCAAUAGCUUGACAACCACUUGAACCAGAAUGUUGAAACUUUAUAGGAUGACAGGACAUCCAGAGUAGAUGACCCCUAUCGGUUUUGAGGUCCCAUGGUCAAUGUCAAAGGGGCCAGAACAUGGAAAACCAAUUCCGAUCAAUAACCUGACAACCAUUUAACCCAGAAUGUUGAAACUUCAUAGGAAGAAAAGACUUACAGAGUGGAUGAUCCUUAUUGAUUUUGGGGUCACUCGAUUAAAGGCCAAGGUCACAGGGGCUAGAACAUGGAAAAUUGUUUCCAAUCCAACUUUAGAAUCAUUUGACCCAAAACAUUGAAACUUCAUGGGAUGAUUGGACAUGCAGAGUAGAUGAUCCCUAUUGCAUUUGAGUCACUAAGCCAACCAUCAGUGUCUCUUUGAUUUUCGCUCCUAUUGACUUCUUGCCUAUUACUGCUAUGUAGACAUGCGCUUUUCUACAAAAGCAUC